AUGAUAUUUCUCCCAAUUUUUCUAAAUUUCCUUCUGAAAUCCACAGUUUCCUGGGAAACUAUAGAAGUCCUCGAGAACUACAAAAUCGUCCUAAAAACUCGGAAAAAUUUCGAACUUUUUCACGAAAAUUUCACGCUGACUCAAUGUGAUUCGAAAGUUUUGCGCAAACAAGAAUUCAUCGAAAAAAUUGCGGAUUUUUCGGCUGAAAAUCUGGAAUUUCGUGAUUUUGAAGUUGUGAAUACGACUGAAACUUCGGAUAAACUUGCGAUUCGAUAUGAAUUGAAUGUUGGGAAUGCGACGCGAGUUUUUAUUGAUAUGCACAAUUCGAAAAUAUAUUCCGAAGUGCAUCGAGAUUGUUCUGAAAUUCCGAUUUUGUCUGGAAUUAUUGAUGAUUCAAAAUAUGUUGCGAAUUCAAUCCUGGACAAACUUCAGAAUCACAGAAUUUCCGAUCUUCUUACUGACGAUUACACUUACACAGAUCUUGAGAAUCUCACAUCUUCGAAAUCUGAACUUUUAGAUUAUCUAGAUUUCCAUGGCGGGGCAAAUUCAGAUAACAUCAAGAUCUAUGAUCUGAAGUUUAUAGAGGUUCAAAGAUCGUGGAUCGAAAAGUCUAUGGAAACAAAUAGGCAAAGAUAUUUCUUCGAAAUUCGAUUGAAAACCGAAGAUUUGGAGUCUGUUAGUGUUUUUGAGGCGAGUUGGGAGGAUUUGAGAAUUCGAGCGGAAAAAUUGGAGGGGUUGGAAAUUCGAUUUUCGUCGAUUCAUCCAGUUCCGCCGUUUACAGGUGAGAAAAGAUCGCGAGUUUUUGUGGCUGAAAAUUUGAAUUUUAAUGAAAAAAUCCUAUUGUACAGUAGAGCACAUUUGCUAUUUUUCAAAAAAAAAUUGAAAGAUUUCUUAAAAGGACAUAUAUCAUUUUGUUGAAAAUUUUCCGCUGAUUCAAAAUCUACUCUACAUGAGCAAUGAUUUUGAGCUUGAGGGGCAAAAAUUAAGAAUUAAAAGUUAUUUGAAAAAAUAUAAAUCACGGCAGUUUCAGUGAAAUAUAUAUAUUUUUUGUGACAUAAGGAUUCUGAUGAAAAUUUGAAUUUCAAUACAAAACUCCUAUUGUGCAGUAGAGCACAUUUGAUAUUUUUCAGCGAAAAUUUAAAGAUUUCCUUUUGAUAUCUAUAUCAUUUUGUUGAAAAUUUUCCGCUAAUUCCGAAUCUACUCCAACAUGAGCAAUGAUUUUGAGCUGAAGGGACAAUAAACAUUGUUCAUAUUUGUUGCAGCCCUCAUCGACUACCAGCACUCUGCCGAAAUCGUCGGCAAAGCAAUCGUCAAAGAAUACGAAACAGCAAUCAGACUCAACAGUCGCAAACUUUUCGCCAAACUUGUCGCUCCAAAUUUCAUGGUUCGAUAUAUGUCGGAAGAGCCGAUUCUGCUGACAUCCGAUGAAUAUUUUUGCGAAUUUUUGCGCACCGAAUCAGGUCGCGAAUGGAAUCGCAUGUAUGUACGCACACCAUUUUUGAAUAUCACAAAAUUCGGCGAUUUUUCGUUCAGCAUGGGAGAACGAACGUUUCCUGUACACUUGGAUGUAACAUUUUCAAGAGCCGAUCAAAAAUUUCUACUAACUUCCGAAGAUCGCUUGACAUUCAAACGUGACGAGCAAUAUUUAUUCGAAAGAAAAAUUCGACGAAACUUCCAGCGAGUUUUGGAUGCAAAUGUUGUGGCGAAGAAUUCGCGUGAUCCCCGAUUUGGUGCGAGUGUUGAUCUGGUUUUUGAUGGAUAUGAGCAAAAUGAGACGAAAGUCGUAUUAUUUGCACGCGAAAAUCAGGAAAAUGGAUCUGUUUUCAAAUUCGACGCCGAGUUUUUGAAUGGCAAAUUGGUUUUUGUUUGA